ACGGUUUAUUCUUUUUCUCGGGGUGGCUUUCCCCCCCUAAAAGAAAUCACGAGAACACGUCAGCUGAACAGUAGAAGAGAAACCGGGUCUGCCACCAGGCCUCAUUUCUUUUCCUCAAUCGUACACAUCAAAUGAAAGCAACAAAGCUCUGAAAGACAUUUUGUUCAACAAGAGUCAAGAAGUUCUUUUUUUGUUUUUUUAUUCGCCGCGUUUGAGCAUGCCAAACAAGGAAUUUGCCUUCGUUACACCUCAGCCACUGUUCAACAUUGAGGUGACUAACACUUUCAGCAGAUAUGAAAAUGACAGGAGACAGAAUGCACAAACAUUCACGUUGAUUUAAUUGCACAGGCACUCUUCCAGUAUUGCACGUAAAAAUGUGCCACCAAAAAUAUAAGCCUAUCAUUUAAAAAAAAAAAAAAAAAACACACACACACAACAGCAACUUGUUUGCGUUAAACCAGGCAUGUCCAAAGUCCGAAAUGAAAGCCAAGGGCUCGGGCGGCUCGACGUGUCCGCUUCAGCAGACGGACGUGGACCGCUUUGAAAUGAAAACAGCGGGCAGACGGACGGACGUGGGACGUACGCUUUGAAAUGAAAGGCUAAAGGCUCAGGGCUCGGUGCGCUCGACGUGUCCCCUGCGCGUCAAAGCCGCUCGACGUUUCCUUUGCUGCCUAUGUGACGGACGACGCGCGUCAGAGCUCGCGGGGCUACGGCCGUGACUUUCGCCUUCACGGCACUCACUCACCGCCAGCCGCUCGCUGCGUCCGGAUCGUGGCAUCCAUCGCUCAAGAGACAACUUUUCUUUGGUGGACUGCGCGCUUUGGAGAGCGUCGGAGAUGCGGAUCUUCUCGAUGCGCGUUGCACUGGUGCUGCUGCUCCUCUCGCCGUGGCGCCCCGUUAAGCCAGAGGCAGGAACCAGCUGCACGUGCGUUAAGGACCGAGCGUGCUCCUGCAACGUGGGUCAAAGCGUCACCUUAGAAAGCACCCCUUUGACCGCCAAUCAAGUCGCCUGGAAGAAGAAUGGCAACGACGUUACAGCGACCGAUGGAAAGGUAACGGUCCAAUCGCUGACUAGCACUGACGCCGGGAUGUACGUGGCCAUCGAGGGAACGGAUGUUACCAAGACGAUGGCGUACCUUGUCCAGGUUUACGACCCGGUCACCACAGUCAGCGUUGAACGUGUCGCUGCAAAGCAGGUGUCCCUCUCCUGCAUCGCAUCGGGGCCCUUCAAAGGACUCAAGUGGAAGAAGGAUGACACCGCUAUCACCGCUGGCCAGGACUACAAACUCGGUCUGAACAACGCGCAGCUGAUCAUCAAGGAUGGCUCAGCCAACCCGGGCAAGUACACUUGCGUGGCCGUACAAUUCGACGGCAGCGAGAAAGUGUCCGAUGCUUCCCAACUGGAGUGAGCAGCAGUGCCUACUAGGGGACGGCACACUUGGGGCCUCCACCCGCAGCCCGCUCCACCUCAGCGCCUCCCUCCCAAAGGCUUUUCGCCUCGAGGUGUGAUACUCCAUGUCGACAACGGCAGAGAAGAAAUCGGUUCAAAUUGCAUUGCAGCACCCUUGCGAUACUGCUCGCUCGAUUUAUUCAAGGUUAUUUGUUUUGUUUUGCUCGUGAUGUUUUCUCGCCGCUUGAUUUCUUUAUUAUGCUUUAUUUCUUCAAGGUUAUUUGCAUCGCGUUGUCUCCUCCCUUUCAGCCGGAUUGUACAUUGGCAGUGAAAUAAAGUUUGAUCGCAUGACGUGUGCA